AUGUCUUGGCGUAAAAUUGAUAUCGAUCAAUAUGAUGAAGAUGCCUAUACUCAAGAUGAGAUUCUUGCGGAGUUCGAGACAGGAUUGAGUCCUGAAGAAGUGAAUAAUGCAACUCAAACACGAAACACUGAUGUACGCAAUUUCAUUUCACGAGGUGACUUGAAUAAUGCAUUAACUCGCGCAUUAGAGGACCCACCUUAUGGACGUCAUCUUGAAGCAGCAAAGACUGAGAGCACAAAGAUGAUUGCAGAAGUAUUAAACAUGUUUAGAGUAGGAGAUAUCUCAGAUAUCGUAAAGUCACUUAACCAUGAACAACAAGAUGUCUUGAUGAAGUACAUUUACGCAGGUUUAAGCAAGCCAGAGUUGUAUAACUCGAGUGUUUUACUGACAUGGCAUGAAAAGUUGACAGAGGUUGCUGGAAAUGGCUGUAUUGUUCGUGUCAUGACUGAUAAGCGUACUGUUUUCUAA